AUGGGACCGUCAUCUCCGCCUCAGACCCCUACGGCCACGACGCACCCACCAUUCUUCGGUCAGAAGAACAGCCCCAGGGCCAGUCCUGGGCCGAGCGGCGGGCCACGAGACCCGCUGCCUCAACCAAGGAAUUACACUCCUUUUGAGAAUUGCCAAUUCAACUUUGCAUUCCCAAGUCGGCAUGGAGAAUUGUCUCCUCGUUCUUCGGAUCCCCCGGCCGAGGGGUCUGAUGCCGAACAAUCGGAUGAUGAUCAUGGGCCUUGUUCACCGCUCUUGUCGUCACCACCUGGUCCUGCAACAACCGAACGUUUCGUGUUGCACGCAAGUAUCACUGGUGAUGAACUCAGCAUCGAAGAGCUCAGCGACUUUGAAGAAAACGACAUGGAUGGUCGGGAUGAUGUUCUUGCCCCUCACGUCAUCGAGUAUGCCGAAUCGGACCUGAGCGAGUCGCACAUCGAGGGUCAUGUCAUAAACGACCUCCGUGACCUGAACUUCCGCAGCCCGGACCCAGAUCCUUUGUCCGAUAGCUCGAACGUGAGCGACGAUGAGUGUCAGGAAGCCAUACGGCGACAGCGGGCGAACGAUCGGCAAAAAAGACGGAGUAUAAGCAGCAUGGGCAAACGAACCAUGAGCGAGAGAAGCGACAGCGACCACGAGGACAUCCGACACUGCCUGGACUUUGAUCAAGCCGGGUCAAGUGCGCGGCGACUAAAGAGGCGGGUUGGCGAUCGACGCAGUCUGGUCUUCCAGGACCCGCCGCCAAAAAUCGACGAGAUGGACGAGCCUCCAGAGGAACUGGAGGAUACAGAGAUGCUGGCCAAAGAACUACCAUUUUAUGCUUUCAUGACCAUGGAGGUGGACUCGCCCUGA